AUUAUGUUUAUUAGAAUGUUUUGUACGUAUUUUUUAGGCUUGGCCACACAUCAGGCACCACAACGCAGUACUAUUUUUUAGACUCGAGCUACCUACCUCCCCCCUCAUCCCUCUUCCUCCUCGCUAGUCGCCACUACCACUACCCAUCAAUUCCAAUCCGCACCGCGGCUGCAGACAUGUCGGGCAGCGCCGGCGGCGGGCGGCGGGGCUGGAGCCCGUUCGACGCGAUCCGGAGCUUCCCUUCGAAUCCCGAGUCCCUCAUGUCCCAGAUCGACGCCGCCAUCGCCUCCACGGAGUACGCCCGCGCCUGCGCCCUCCUCGACCCCGCCCCCGCCUCCACCUCCUCGCGGCCUCCGCGCGGCAAGGGAGAGAAGGAGGAGGAGGCGUCGCCCGCGGCGCGGGCGCCUCCUCCCUCUGCCGCCGCCUGCCACGACGCGCGGGUCGCGGACGAGGCGUACCGCGCGGCGUGCGCGGCGCUCGGGGCCGGGCGGCCGGACGCGGCCGUGCGGUCGCUGCGGGCGGCGCUGGCCAGCUGCCCGCCGGAGAACGCCGCGGCGGUCGCCAAGGUGAGGUCGAUGCUGGCCAUCGCGUCCGCGCAGCUGCACAGGCAGCAGCACCAGGCUCAGCAGCAGAGCGGCAGGAAAUGAGACGAUAUGUGCAGGCUCAGCAGAGCACCAGGCUCAGCAGAGCAGCAGAACAGGCUCAGCAGCAGAGCGGCCUGUUCGUCUCAGCAGGAUUGGUUUCUCCUCGAAUUCGUUCCCUGUUGUAUGUCACACAUGUAACUUGUUUCCUAAAAUUCGAUCAUUGUUGUCACUAACUGGGAGAAGUAAUUAUUAGCGCUAUAGUAAACCAUAGCUGCCUGGAGAGUUAUACUAGUGAAGAUAAGAUAAAUGAUCAGACGCUUUUGUAAGUUUAUUAUUGCCUUGAUGGCUGUCUUCGGAGGCAGGAAUUUUACAAUUCAGGGCCUCUUUGAUUCA